AGUUGGUUCAGCUUGGUGUGCUAGUCGAAGCUGAAGACCAGCAUGAGCAGGGUCGUGUUUGUAGGCUACCUUUACUGGUGAAAGGCAGAAAGCACAGCAGGCAGCCGUUGCACAGCCUGUUCCUCCACCAAACUGCACUGUCCGGACGCUGGUCUUAAAGGACACUAGAGCGAGUCUGCAUUCCUUACUUCCUCUUUGCUUGGUUGAAAUAUUUUGUCUAAUAAAAGUAAAAAUAAGUUGUCAGUGAUGGUCAUUUGACUUUUAUUAUUGAAUAACCAUGAGCAGCAUUGGAUAUGCACAUCUCGGCUGAUAUGGAUUCCGGGAUACAUGUUUUUUGAGACACUUACUCAGACACUGGGAUGCAUAUUGGAGCUGGGUAGGAUAUAUAUGCCUUCAUAUUCUGAUGGUAUAGGGAUCACACCUUUGAUUUGUAAUGGAUCCUUGAUGAAACCAACAUAUUUAAACUUGAGAAGUAGUAUUCUGGGCUGUGCUGGAUCUGAGAAAAAAUCGCAGACUGUAAGGGAUGCUACCUUUGAAAACCAGUAAUAAUAUUCAUGGAGCUAAUGCAGUGCCCGGUCAUACCUCCUUAUGAGGACAUUAUGCACUUAUGACUGCAACUUGAUUUUUGUUUACAUUUUGAUAGUGGGGUGCCUUCCCACACAUUUGACUGGCAGCCGUUUUCGGGUUCUCCUUAUGUCGGAUUUGUAGUUAACAGGGCUGGAUGGUUUAAUAUGUCAGAAUGAGUCUGAUAGCUCAUACUCUGCUGUUUGGUGGAUUGAUGCUUUUACAAGUUUAUGGAUCACGCCUUCGGCAGGAGGACUUUGCACCUCGAAUAAUUGAACACCCCUCAGAUGUAAUUGUCUCCAAAGGAGAACCAACAACCUUGAACUGCAAAGCUGAAGGAAGACCAACUCCCACAAUUGAGUGGUACAAGGAUGGUGAACGAGUGGAGACUGAUAAGGAUGACCCUCGCUCCCACAGAAUGCUAUUACCCAGUGGUUCUUUGUUUUUCUUGCGAAUUGUACAUGGUCGAAAAAGUAAACCAGAUGAGGGCAGCUACAUCUGUGUUGCCAGGAACUAUCUUGGGGAAGCUGUAAGCCAUAACGCAUCGCUAGAAGUAGCAUUACUUCGAGAUGACUUUCGUCAGAAUCCCACCGAUGUUGUGGUUGCUGCUGGUGAGCCUGCCAUUCUUGAGUGCCAACCUCCUCGAGGUCAUCCAGAGCCUACAAUCUACUGGAAAAAAGACAAAGUUCGCAUAGAUGACCGGGAAGAACGAAUAAAUAUUAGAGGCGGGAAGCUGAUGAUCUCUAACACCAGGAAAAGUGAUGCUGGCAUGUAUACCUGUGUAGGAACCAACAUGGUAGGAGAAAGAGAUAGUGACCCUGCUGAGCUGACUGUGUUUGAGCGUCCAACAUUCUUGAGGCGUCCAAUUAACCAGGUGGUCUUAGAAGAUGAACCUGUUGAAUUCCGAUGCCAGGUUCAAGGGGAUCCCCAACCUACUCUGAGAUGGAGAAAAGAUGAUGCUGACUUGCCAAGAGGAAGAUAUGAUAUUAAGGAUGAUUACACUCUGAGAAUUAAGAAAGCCACAGGCAGUGAUGAAGGCACAUAUUCAUGUAUUGCUGAAAACCGUGUUGGAAGAGUAGAAGCUUCAGCGACAUUAGUAGUGCGUGCUCGCCCUGUUGCACCACCACAAUUUGUUAUCAGACCACGGGACCAGAUUAUUGCCCAGGGACGGACAGCAACAUUCCCCUGUGAAACUAAAGGGAACCCACAGCCAGCUGUCUUUUGGCAGCGAGAAGGAAGCCAAAACUUGCUGUUUCCAAAUCAGCCGCUUCAACCAAACUCCAGGUAUUCUGUAUCCCCAGGUGGAGACCUCACCAUCACUAAUGUUCAGAGAUCAGAUGCAGGGUAUUAUACCUGCCAAGCACUGACAGUUGCUGGGAGCAUUUUAGCAAAGGCACAACUUGAAGUAACAGAUGUUCUGACAGACAGACCUCCACCAAUCAUUCGUCAAGGACCUAGCAAUCAAACUGCAGCAGUAGAUGGGAUCGCUUUAUUGAAAUGUCAAGCCACAGGUGACCCUGUUCCAACUAUCAGCUGGCUGAAGGAUGGCUUGAGUCUUUCUUUGAAAGAUACUCGUAUAUCACUGAAAGAUCAAGGAAACCUGCAGAUUAAAAACCUUCGAGCAUCUGAUUCUGGAAUUUAUACAUGUGUAGCAACUAGUUCAAGUGGGGAAACAUCAUGGAGUGCAUUUCUGGAAGUUCAAGAAUCACCUGGAGUGACUGUCAGUAAAAUAUAUGAUUCAUGUGAUCUUCCUGGACCACCAUCCAAACCUCAAGUCGCUGAUGUCACUAAGAACAGUGUCACGUUGUCAUGGCAGUUAGGGACCCCAGGAGCAUUACCUAUCACAUCUUACAUCAUUGAAGCCUUCAGUCAAUCAGUGAGCAACAGCUGGCAGACGGUGGCAGAUCACAUAAAGUCAACAUUGUACACAGUAAGAGGACUGCGACCAAACACCAUUUACCUCUUCAUGGUCAGAGCAGUGAACAGUCAAUGCCUGAGUGAUCCUAGUCCAAUAUCUGAACCAGUUCGGACACAAGAUAUCAGUCCUCCUGCACAGGGAGUGGACCACCGACAAGUUCAAAAAGAACUCGGAGAUGUCAUUGUUAGACUGCAUAACCCUGUUGUACUAACACCAACCACUAUUCAAGUCACAUGGACGGUCGAUCGCCAGUCCCAAUUUAUCCAAGGUUAUCGAGUGUUGUACAGGCAAUCAACAAGUUUACUUUCAAAUUCUGCAUGGCAGAGCAUGGAUGUCAAGAUACCUACUGAAAGAAGUGCUGUUUUAACAAACUUGAAGAAAGGUGUUAACUAUGAGAUCAAAGUCCGCCCGUAUUUCAAUGAGUUUCAGGGAAUGGACAGUGAAUCAAAGUCUGCACGUACUACUGAAGAAGCUCCAAGUGCCCCUCCACAGUCUGUAACCGUCGUGACGGUUGGAAGUCACAAUAGCACAAGCAUUAGCAUCUCAUGGGACCCUCCACCUCUCGAUCACCAAAAUGGAAUCAUCCAAGAGUACAAGAUUUGGUGCUUAGGCAAUGAGACCCGAUUCCAUAUAAACAAGACGGUGGAUGCUGCUAUUCGCUCAGUAAUGAUUGGAGGGCUUUUCCCUGGUAUCCAGUAUCGAGUGGAAGUGGCAGCUAGUACGAGUGCAGGUGUGGGAGUAAAAAGUGAGCCGCAGCCAAUUAUUAUAGGGAGUCACAGAGAUGUGAUCAUGACUGGAGCAGGAAACAACAACAGUAUCACAGAACAAAUCACUGAUGUUGUGAAACAGCCAGCCUUCAUUGCUGGCAUUGGCGGAGCCUGCUGGGUUAUUCUGAUGGGAUUUAGCAUCUGGCUUUACUGGCGCAGAAAGAAAAGAAAAGGCCUUAGCAACUAUGCUGUACAAUCCUUCACCUUCACGCCUGCAGUUACCUUCCAACGAGUGGAUGGAGGCUUAAUGAGCAAUGGAAGUCGUCCAGGCCUGCUAAGUACAGGUGAUGGCAGUUACCCAUGGCUUGCAGAUUCAUGGCCGGCAUCUAGUAUUCCAGCCAAUGGAGGAAACAAUGGGCCAAAUGAUCUUGGCAAUUUUAAUCGCGGAGAUGUGCUUCCACCAGUGCCAGGCCAAGGGGACAAGUCAGCAACACUGCUCUCGGAUGGCGCAAUAUACAGCAGCAUAGACUUCACUACAAAAUCCAGCUUCAACAGCCCAGGCCAGACGAUGCAGACAACCCCAUAUGCCACUACACAGAUCUUGCAUUCAAACAGCAUACAGGAGUUAGCUGUUGACCUGCCUGACCCUCAGUGGAAAUCGUCAGCACAGCCAAAAACCGAUUUAUCAGGAAUAGGUUAUUCACUGCCAGAUCAGAACAAGUGCAGUAAUGCCCCACUAUACAUAGCUGACUACCGAAUGGCUGAGGGAUUAUCUAAUAGAAUGCCUCAUAACCAGUCACAGGAUUUCAGCACCACCAGCUCUCACAACAGCUCAGAAAGAAGUGGCAGUCUCUCAGGUGGAAAAGCUGGAAAAAAGAAGAAAAGCAAAAGCAGUUCCAAGCCACAGAAAAAUAAUGGAUCAAACUGGGCUAAUGUACCAUUACCACCACCUCCUGUACAACCGCUUCCAGGCACAGAAAUGGAUAUCUAUAGCUUAGAACAAGAACAUGGGUAUGACAGUGAUGGAUGGUGCCCACCUUUACCUGUCCAGACAUACCUACAUCAAGGCAUGGAAGAUGAGCUGGAAGAAGAAGAUGACAGGGUUCCCACACCCCCUGUACGUGGAGUGGCAUCCUCACCUGCAGUGUCUUUUGGGCAACAGUCAACUGCAACUCUUACACCAUCACCGCAGGAGGAAAUGCAGCCAAUGCUUCAAGCUCAUCUUGAUGAACUCACCAGGGCAUACCAGUAUGACUUAGCAAAGCAAGCAUGGAACAUACAAGGACUACACCCCCCUCAGACCCCUGUUCCACCAAUGGGAUACAUUUCAAGUACACUACUUUCAAGCUUGGAGGCAGCAAUGCCAGAUGAAGAAGACGAUGAAGAUGAAGAAGGUGUAGAAAUUGCUAGGCCACUUAGAGGUAUCGAGCAUACCCCAGGAUCUAGCAUGGAUAAUUUAGAUAGCUCUGUAACAGGUUCAAUGGUGAAUGCCUGGGGCUCAGCAUCUGAUGAGGAUCGGAAAUUUUCUAGCAAUAUAUCUAGCAUAGUUAGCUCUUCCAAUGAUUCCAUCUUUACUAAUGGAAGCUUUGCACAAGCUGUGCUUACAGCAGCAGGUAGAGGGUAUCUUUCAUCUCAGCGGCUCCAACCCAGUAGUCCACUUUCCACAGACAGUUCUGUUAUGGCAGCCAUAAAUCAAAGCCAGAAACAGAGGCCUACCAAAAAUCACAAGGGAGGGAGACUGGAGCAGGUCUCUAUACCUCACUGGAGGGAUGGAAAAACAGAUGAUCUUCCUCCUCCCCCAGAUCCACCACCAGGUCAGGUUUUAAAAUCUUACCAGAGUUCAUGUCAAAGGGGCACAGGAGGUUCGUCUGAAAGGAAAGGAAGCUCUCUGGAGAGAAAUCAUAUCCCAAACAUGGAAGAUAUGAGUUCUUUACAGCAUUACGGUAGAACAUCACUUGAACGCCAGCAACAGCCAAAUGAAAAGAUUGGGUCAAUAGAACACCAAGAAGAUAUGUGGAAACUUCAACACAAACCAACACUUGGCUCAGAAGAAGCUUUGGUGCCAUAUAGUAAACCCAGCUUCCCAUCACCAGGUGGGCACAGCUCUUCAGGAACAUCUUCUUCAAAAGGUUCCACUGGACCAAGAAAAUGUGAAAUUUCCAGAGGCCACCAGCGAAAUGUCAGUGAUCUUCCGGAUGUAGGUUAUAUGGGAAUAAACGGCCUUGGGCAUUCCACAGGUGAAUUAUAGUAAUUAAAGAUUUACAUUCUUAGCUGCUCCAGAGGACCACUUGGUCUAAACUCAUGGAAGAGAUGACAUGGAACAGUGCAAUGAACAUUUUCCUUAUUUAUGUACUUUUCAAAGAACUGUAAAUGUGAUGUAAAGACAUGAUAACUCACAGAAAAACAUAUCCCAUGGAUGUUCAACUUGAGUUUCCUCUUCUAAGUUGUCUUCUACACACAACUGCUAAUUUUCCUAUUCCUUGAUUGGAAGUAUAUAAAGAGAAUAAAAAUUCAAGCUCCAAGACUGAAGCGGAUUCUUUUCUGUAUAUAAAUUCUUUCUGUUGCAUUGCUAUGCAAGCUCACAUAUUUUUAGCUUUUUUAUAUUAUAUUGUCUGUUUUUAAUCUGUUGUACUAUAUGUGAAUUAAUAGGCUGUGGUGCCAUAAAACAUUAAUUUUAUUGUGUUAUCAUUUAUGUUCAAAUUUUGCACUGCAAUUUUUAUUUAGUGAUAAGCACAAAACUCAACUCCUUGUGACAUGAAGAAAAAGGGACUGAAUGUGUUUGGGAGUUUAUGUACUGUAAGAUGUACUGUAAGUUGUUGGUUCUAUUCAAGUCUGAUAGUGGAAAAAGUCAGUUGUUCCAUUUAUAAAAUUAUAUGGUACUAUUCAUAAAGGUACAGGAUGUUUUGGAGCCAAUUAGUCUUUUUGUAUUUGGCAAUCAGAAUAUGCAAAACUGGUGUGUGGCAAAAAUAUAGAUGUAUUUUACCACCAUAUCUUCAGUUGAAAAUAUAGCAACUAUAGAAUAUGCACAGACUGACUUAGUUAAGCCAUGUACUUUCCAUUUACUCUAGAUUUGUACAGUCUACAUUUAGUCAGCAGAGGCAAACAUUCAAACAAUUCACUCAACAUUGUUAUUGCACAUUACCCAAGACAUGCCAUUUGCAUACUAAAUUCAUUCAUGCUGUAGUCCAAAAAUAAUUUUUAUAAGCACAGAAUAUUAUCUUUUAAAAACACGUUUGCACCCAGUGUUACAAAAAAUGUUUUAAAAUGCCACUAGUUUCAAUCUCAUUUACCAAACUAUGUUUCUUUUUAUAUAUUUAUUUAUAUAUACAUUCUGUAAAAUUAAUCAAAAAUGAAAUAAACCAUUCCAGCAUAAGUUCAUAAUGUUUAAAAAUUUACAUCUACAGGAAAAUACUGGCCUACCAAUCAUUACAAUAAUUACAACCACAGAAUCCCAAAGAGUGGUGAAAACAGUUCCAGUUAUUUUAAAAUAUUGCCAUAUCAUGAUUCCAUAUGGUGUAGUGAAACAAACAGAACAACAUGACUACCUGAGCAAACAAAAAAAUAUGUGCUUAUAGUUCAGAAUGUUAAUUGGAAGCAUUUUCUUAAUGAACAGCUUUUUAAAAUUCAAAUCAAGUAAAAUAGUAAUAUCUGACGAAGACAGGAUUACAGCUAAUUUUAAUAUUUUGUUUUGCAUAACCUCUUCUUACAAAAAAGGACUGGAUAAUUUGUUAGCACAUCCACCUUCAAAAGGUAUGCAUUAUAUUCAUGAAAGAAAGAUGAUGCUAGAGUUCUAUUAAAAAGGAAAACAUGAUAAGCUUUCAGGAUAUGAACUAAAGACUGUUAAAGCAGUACUCAGGAGAAUGACAUUUAUUUUAACACAUUAUGUGCCUACUUUGUGAUUUGUUUUAUUUCUCAAUUUAAUUCUGUAAUUUUUUAAAUGUUUGUAAAUAAAAAUGAGAAAAAUAAAUUAGUUCAGUAUAACUUAAUUUUCACAGACAUCUGGAAAGAAACCUUCUGUAAAAUGUUUUGUGUUUGUUUGUUUUCAUUUUAAAAAAUAGGCAGCCAUCAAUAUUUUUUCUAAAAGCAAAUGAUGUUGUUGAUGUGUCUGUCAGUAAGAACAAAGUGUUAGAAUAGAAAUCUUAUAGUGUUAGACUUUCUGAGUCACUGUAGUGUCUAAACAUCCCAAACAUGUUUGAAUAGUUAAUAUACUGUAAGAAAUGAACUACAUAUACAUAGGAACUUGAAAAUAAGUUGUAAACUUGGUGCAGAAACUAAUCUACAGGGCAAUAUUUAAACACACAUACACAUAGACAUCCACACCUGCUCCUACAGCUUUUAUGCAAAUAUCUGCAAUGUUUUAUUUAAUUUCUGCAUUGUCAAGGGCAGUAUUACAAAUUUUGAUGACUUCUAUUUUAAUUUUGAGGUUAGUUAGAUGGAAGCAUUGUACAAAAUUAUGAUCUGAGCUCUGCUUUAGUGAUAAAUAUAGAAUAAGCAAACAUGCUUCAUUGUGACCUGGUGACAGAAUUUAGUCAGGAACACACUGUUAUAAAGGGGUCUGUUACAAGUGCCCAUGUCUCAGGCAGUCGAAGAUCACUUCUCACAGCCAUGAAAUCAGGUAACUUAAAGCUUGUAUGGCCAGCUGCUCACAUUCAAACUCAAUUACAUGUUUGGGUAAGGUGUGGCACCUAUACAGAAUGAGUGGUGUUACCAUCACUUCACCUAUACACAGUACCUAAUUUGGUCAAGGUUAGUGCAACAGCCAUAUGAAGUGACUGGGAGUUCUGGGUUCAGUCUUCAGCUUCUGUCAGUGAUUAGGAAUGAGAUUUCAGUUUAUUGGAAGGAGGACCUGUAUGGUUAGGGAGGGGGGAAGGGAGUUAGGUUUGAAGAGUGGGAGGCGAGUUUAGGGUUAUGGAGUGAGACAGGAGUUUUGGGGUUAGGGAACAAUCAGGGACUUCAGGAUUAGGGAGGUGAUUGCUAUGGUUACAGUUAGAGAAUGGGUGUUACAGUUAGGAUUUUAGUUGGAUUUUGCAGUUCUUCAGCACUGGUUGGUUGGAGGACAAGGUAAUCAACUAUGUUCUAGGUAGUAGGAAUUAGGGCACUUGCCAUUUAGAGCAAGUGACAGUGAGAAUUAGUACUGGAAGCUACUUAGCAUGCAAGUACUUGCAGAAAACCAGUUAUAAAGCUUGGCAUUACCUACAUUUUCAGUAUUUUAUACCCCAUUUGUAAUCAAGAGGGUUAAUACAAAUUCAGUCAUUUUUUGAGACUUUCAAGCAGUUUAAUUGCAUUACAUGGUUUGAGUGGUUCCACAGUGAUAACAAAUAUGUCAUGAACCGAAAGCAUACCUUCAGAUAUUUUAUUUUGAAUAACCUGCCAUGCAGAAAAACAGAUACGUUACUGAAGUCAACAAAAAUGCAAAUUUUUAAGUUGACUCAAAAUUCCAGUCAGAAUGUAGUAUAUCACAAUUUUGGUUGUCUACAGCAUAGUGGAUUAACAGUUUGGGGGAAGCUUUGAUUAUUCUUUUUUUUAAAGUUCUGUAAAUUUCAUCACAUAGCUGUGACAAUAUGUUAAAUUUAAUAUGCCCUAAUAUGCCCUAAGUUUAAUAGCUAUUUAUGCCCUUUAUAAAGAAGUAUAAUUAUUUAAAGCACUUAAAAGAUUGUCUUUGAAAUACAAGUAUAACACACUUUGAAAGACAUUAAUGAAAAUGGUCUCAGAGUAAACUUUCACAGGUACCUGUAAGUCUUUAAACCUUUUUAUUUUUGUCAUGUAUACACCAUUCAAGUUAUGUUUAAAAAUUGCAUUGUUAUAAGUAAUGUGUGUGUGUGUGUGUGUGUGUGUGUGUGUGUGUGUGUGUGUGUGUGUGUGUGUGUGUGUGUGUGUGUGUGUGUGUGUGUGUGUGUGUGUGUGUCAUCUUUCAAGCUUCAAUACUUUUCAAGAGUUCCUAGUAUAUUUACAGAAACAGAUUUAUAUUUUAACCACUCAGCCCAAGUUGUAUACUUGAACUGUACACUUUAAAAAAAAAAUCACCAAACACAGAUGUCUAAAGUUUGCAUUUCAUAAAGCUAAAUUCAACAUUUAAUUUGGUAUCAUUUCUUGACAUUGCAAAUGAUAUUAAACACUUCUUCUUGGAAUAAAAGGAACAGUUUGGAUAUUUCAGAACUGUACUUACUUUACUGAUAAAUCUUGUAUGGUUUGCCAUUCUUGCCAAUGUAGCAAACAGAAGCAUGGUUUAUGGUUGCUAUAACUAUUUCAAUUACUGUGACAUAACUCUAAAUAUAAUUAUGUCAAAUUAAAUAAGAAAAUCUUUAAUGCUGUACCCCAUAUAAGAUGAUUGAAAAACAGUGCUGGUUGCUGAGGAACAGUGUCUUUGACUCAGAAAAAAAAACAGUCUUUGGAUUUUUUUUACUUCCGGUUGCACUGCAGUUUUCUGAUAAGAAUUCCUUGUGUGGCCUUUUUUGGAUGCUUUGAGUACUUUGAUAUGUUGAGUAUUGGAAAUAACAACACUGGAUGCUUCCUGUGUUGUAUUUUGCUUUCUUUAUUAAUAUUUUGUGAACAGCUUCUAUGCUCACUUGCAUGUCUUUGUCCAAGACUUUUACUUUUUCCCUCAUGUGCUGUAAAUUGGUUAAACAAGUUUUCUCAUAAUGGAAACACUAGCUACAAAUAAAAUAUUUUUUGAAAACCA